AUGUCGACAUCCCGCAUUGGUUUCCGUUUCUUCCAGAACACACGCGCUGCCUUCCGCAACGCUUACGCUCCUUUCCGUCGGCCUGGUGCCCGUUUCCAGAGCUCGGAGGCCGGAGCGGCGUCGGCCGAGAGCCAGCAGAGUGGCUUCCAGCGUCUAUGGAACAGCCCGGUUGGCGUUAAGACGGUGCAUUUCUGGGCCCCCGUUAUGAAGUGGGGUCUCGUCAUCGCCGGUAUCUCCGAUUUCCAGCGUCCUGCCGAAAAGCUCUCCCUCACACAAAACGGUGCUCUCAUGGCUACCGGCGCCAUCUGGACCCGUUGGUGCAUGAUCAUUACUCCCCGGAACAUGCUCCUUGCCGCCGUCAACUUCUUCCUGGGAUGCGUCGGUGUCGUCCAGGUCAGCCGUAUCUUCCUGUACCGCCGUAGCCUGGAGGGAUCGAGCACGGAAGCCGCCAAGUCGAUGGAGCAUGAGGUUGCGGAUUCGGCUAAGGCGGUUGCGCAUGAGGCGGAGGGUGCUGUUAAGAAGUCUUAG